AUGGAUGCCACAGGCGGUCCUGUGUGCUAUUUUAUUAAAAACGGAGUGUUAAUGAGGAAAUGGCGACCCCCUGAUGUUUCUGCCGAUGAUGAAUGGGCUUUUCGAUAUCAAAUUAUAAUUCCGAAGUCUUAUCAAUCCGAAAUUCUUAGUUUGGCGCAUGACACUCCACUUUCGGGUCAUUUGGGAAUAAACAAAACGUUACAAAAAGUCACUACCCAUUUCUAUUGGCCUGGGGUUCGACAGGACGUCGUUCAAUUUUGCAAAACUUGUCACACAUGCCAAAUUGUUGGAAAACCAAACCAAGUAAUUCCUAAAGCACCAUUAAAAGCAAUUCCGGCUCUUGAAGAACCGUUUAGUAGAGUCAUGAUUGAUUGUGUCGGACCACUGCCUUAA